GUCCCGCCCCAUCCCGCCCCUCAGCUCCGGUGCGGGGCGGGCGCGCUGCGGCGGUCGCUGCUGCUGCUUCCUCGGGCCAUUUUGCUCCGCGCGGAGCGACGAGAGGUUGCGAGCUCGGGCUAGAGGAGGCGCGGGCCGGGGGAAGCGGCGGGCUUUCCGCAUUCACAAGGUUCGGAGGGCCGCAGCGAUCGCCGGCGAAGGGGGUCGGAGGCCCCUUCCCGGUCCCUGCACCAUGAGCUGGGGCACUGAGCUCUGGGAUCAGUUUGACAACUUGGAAAAACAUACACAGUGGGGAAUCGAUAUUCUUGAGAAAUACAUCAAGUUUGUCAAGGAGAGGACGGAGAUUGAGCUCAGCUAUGCCAAGCAACUCAGGAAUCUUUCAAAGAAAUACCAACCUAAGAAGAACUCGAAGGAAGAGGAGGAGUACAAGUACACGGCUUGCAAAGCCUUUCUUUCCACCCUGAAUGAGAUGAAUGACUACGCCGGGCAGCACGAGGUCAUCUCUGAGAACAUGACGUCACAGAUCACGGUGGACCUGAUGCGCUACGUUCAGGAGCUGAAGCAGGAGAGGAAAUCGAACUUCCAUGAUGGACGGAAGGCUCAGCAGCACAUAGAAACGUGUUGGAAGCAACUGGAGUCAAGUAAGAGGAGGUUUGAGCGGGACUGUAAGGAAGCCGACCGGGCACAGCAGUACUUCGAGAAAAUGGACGCUGACAUCAACGUGACCAAGGCGGAUGUGGAAAAGGCACGACAACAAGCUCAGAUACGCCAGCAAAUGGCAGAGGACAGCAAAGCAGAUUACUCCUUAAUCCUGCAGAGAUUCAACCAGGAGCAAUGGGAAUACUACCAUACCCACAUCCCCAACAUCUUCCAGAAAAUACAAGAGAUGGAGGAGAGGCGGAUUGUGCGUAUUGGGGAGUCCAUGAAGACGUACGCAGAGGUGGACCGGCAGGUGAUACCCAUCAUCGGGAAGUGCCUGGACGGGAUAGUGAAGGCGGCCGAGUCUAUCGACCAGAAAAACGACUCCCAGCUGGUCGUAGAAGCCUAUAAGUCAGGAUUCGAGCCUCCUGGAGACAUUGAAUUCGAAGAUUACACACAGCCAAUGAAACGCACAGUGUCAGACAACAGCCUUUCCAGCUCCAAAGAAGGCAAGCCUGAGCUCAGAUUUGGCGGCAAGUCCAGAGGCAAGCUCUGGCCAUUCAUCAAGAAAAACAAGCUUAUGUCCCUUUUAACAUCCCCCCAUCAGCCUCCCCCUCCGCCCCCUGCCUCUGCCUCACCCUCUGCUGUUCCCAACGGCCCCCAGUCUCCCAAGCAGCCAAAGGAACCCCUCUCCCACCGCUUCAACGAGUUCAUGACCUCCAAACCCAAAAUCCACUGCUUCCGGAGCCUAAAGCGUGGGACUCAGUCUCUGUGUUAUCACAAAGAGCUCAUGAAGAGGACUCUAGGGAAACCCACACACGCCUUGGAGGCUAGGGACUAUGUUCUUUCUCUCAAGCUGGGUGUCACACCAGAAGACUUCAGCAACUUCCCACCUGAGCAGAGAAGGAAAAAACUACAACAGAAAGUUGACGAUCUCAAUAGAGAGAUACAGAAGGAGACGGACCAGAGAGAUGCCAUCACCAAAAUGAAAGAUGUGUACCUAAAGAACCCUCAGAUGGGAGACCCAGCCAGCCUGGACCAGAAGCUCACCGAAGUCACCCAGAACAUAGAGAAACUGCGGCUGGAGGCUCAGAAGUUUGAGGCCUGGCUGGCUGAGGUAGAAGGCAGACUCCCAGCUCGGAGUGAGCAGGCACGCCGGCAGAGUGGACUGUAUGAUGGCCAGACACACCAGACGGUCACUAACUGUGCCCAGGACCGGGAGAGCAGCCCAGAUGGUAGUUACACAGAGGAGCAAAGCCAGGAGAGCGAGCACAAGGUCCUGGCCCCGGAUUUCGACGAUGAAUUUGAUGAUGAGGAGCCGCUUCCAGCCAUAGGGACCUGCAAGGCCCUCUACACAUUUGAAGGUCAGAACGAAGGCACCAUUUCCGUAGUUGAAGGAGAGACGCUGAGCGUGAUUGAAGAGGACAAAGGCGAUGGGUGGACUCGCAUCCGCAGAAAUGAAGACGAGGAGGGUUACGUCCCCACUUCCUACGUCGAAGUCUAUUUAGACAAAAACGCCAAAGGUGCUAAGACUUAUAUUUAAUCCACUUAAAACAAAACAAAAAGCAUUGGAGUUGUCUCUCCCCACCACUGUGGCUGUUACAGGCCUUCAAGAGGUCAGCAGAGAGCAAGCGACUCAGACACUCGGGGAACUGGGGGCAUCUUGUGCCUGGGUUCGCUUGUCCAACUUGGCUGUGUACAGAACUGCCACCGGCUAGCUUACAUCUGUGUCGUUUGAAAUCUGAUCGGCGUUUCCAUUCCAUUCAACAAAAUGUGUAAAUUUAAAAUAUGAUGUAUGGUGGUGGCUCGUGCCUAUAAUCCCAGCUCUCAGGAGGCGGAGCCAGGAGUAGCCAAGUGAGUUUCAGGCUAGCCUGGGCUUCAGAGCAUCCAAGUGAGUUUCAGGCUAGCCUGGGCUUCAGAGUAAGACCCAGUAAAAAUAAGUCAUAAAUAAAAGUUCCUUCAUCGAUGGAAGUAGCCUGGAACGUUCUCCUGGUGCCCACACUGAGUAACCUGACGUUGCAGCUCGGGUUUCCUGUGUUACCCAUUUCUUGUCUGAGUGUCCCAAACAACCAAAAGAGGCCCAGGAUGGUGCACUCCUUGAGCGAUUCAUUUUGACUUGACAUUCAUCUCCUGGCUCCAUCGGUGGUAGAGUAUCUUCAAGCUGUUGAGGCAAGCUUGCUUAGCAGCCCGGCGCCCCAGCGCCCCUGUGGGCCUAAUUUUGCUCAGACUUGGUUCAACUGUUUGUGGCCAGAGGAGCAGCUUUGCUGCGAACAGAGCCUGGUGUGUCAGCCGUUGCAAGCAAUGGACUCAACAUGUUCCCUUUUAAGUGGAAGGCUGUUUAAUCGUUGACAUCUAUAAGACUCCAAGUUAGAAUUUACCAGAGGCUUUGAGAUUGCUGGCACAGUUGACCUGCCUAAUUACAGCCAGAGUAAAGUAAAAGGUCUUAGUGUUUUAAAGGAAUCUGGGCCAUGUGGGAAUUUGCAUUUUUAAGUCAGUACUGAUGCUUGGGGGGGGGGGCGGAGAAUAACACUGGGCAUGUGCAGAGGCAGCUGCCAAGCCCAGGACUGAAUGGUGCCCAUCAUGACAGCCCACCUCAAGGCCAUCAAGAGCCAGUUGUAAAUAAAUGGAUGGAAAUGAGAAAACAUCCAGCCAUAUCCAGCCUUUCCUUUCCUUUCCUUUUUUUUUUUUUUUUGCUUUGUUUUGUUUUCUUGUUUUGUGAGACAGGGCUUCUCUGUGUAGCCCUGGCUAUCCUGGAAUUCCCCCUGUAGACCAGGCUGGCCUUGAACUCAGAGAUUCACCUGCUUUUGCCUCCUCCGUGCUGGGAUUAAAGGUGUGUGUCGCCACUGCCCAGCUUUUGUGUUUUUGCUUUUUUUUUUUUUUUUUUUCUUUUUUUAAAUUUGAGGUGGUGUAACCCAAGAUAGCCUUGAACUCACAAUUCCUAUUCCUCUGCCUCAGCCUCGUGAUGGCCAAGAUAAAGACAAUAUUUCAUAGUAGUGACUGGCUGUUGGCAGUUACAUAAGUGGCACAAAGAGGUCCCCAUGGCCUUCCUGAAGCCCCAGCAGCCACACCUCAGACUAGUGCAGUCUCGAGCUGACCCAGCCCACCAGACCUGUUUAAUACACAUCAGCUUUGUAGCUCACAUUUUCUCCGAGUGAGUCUUGCUGUCACAGUACUUUUAAGGUCAGCCAUUGUGGGGCUCAAUCCCCCUGCAGGUACCCUGAACCCCUGAAGAGCCUUCUGAUUGGAUAGGAGGAAGGGCAAAUUGGGCAUGUGACCAGGUGGCUAGAAAGACUGGAGAAGCCCUCUUUAUCCAGAACUCACUUCUUGGCUGUGAUCUCCCCCUCCUUUUCCUGUUCUUCCUCCUUCUCUUUUCUCCUCCACUUCUACUUCUUCUCCUCUUCUUCCUCCUCCUUCUUCUUUUUGGCUUUUCUAGAAAGAGUCUCACUAUGUAGCCCUGGCUAUCCUGGACAGCCUGAACUCACUCUGUAGACCAGGCCGGACUCAGACUCACAGAGAUCCACCUGCCUCUGCCUCUUGAGUGCUGGGAUUAAAGAAGUGCAUCACUCCCACUCCGUUGAUAGGCAGAAGCCAGCAGAGUUCUGUGUGUUUAAGAUCGGUCUAGUCUACACAGUGAGUUCCUGAACAACUAGAACUACAUAAGAUAGACCCUGUCUUAAAAACAAAGCCCAAAACAUCUCAAAGAGAGAGGUCCAGCAGUGAGCUGGUGAACGGCCUGCUAGGUGAACCGGAGGGGUUUCCCUCUGGUUUGUGCAGGUCCUGGCUUAAGUGUGUGCUAUUAAGUUGACUACCUUAGGAUCCGAACAGAUGAAUGAGUUCAGCAUUGACUAACUGAGUGAUGCUCUGUAGUUUCUAUCUCCUCAGUGGCGAACACAGACAUUUCUUCCAAUAGUUUGCUGUUUAAAAAGGGAGACUGGAGAUGUGUGUCAGGGGAAGGUGGCUCGGUAUGUGAAGACAUUUGUCCCCAAGCCUGACGAAUUCUAGUGCUGUCCCCGGGACUCACAUGGUUGAAGGAAAAGACCAACUCCCCUAAGUUGACCUGUGUCCCAGAAGUUGACCUCUGACCUUCGUGCACCAUGGCACAUGUGCACACUUACACAAAACACAUACAAAUCAAUGUAAUCCCAGCACUUGGGACCCAGAUGAAGGUAGAUCUGUCAGUUCAAGGCCAGCCUGGUCUACAUAGUGAAUUCUAUGCCAGCCAGGGCUACAGAGUAAGAUCUUGACUCAAAACAACAGAAAAUAAGUAAAUAAGGAGAGAGCUGAGCUGCCUGCAGCCUUCUUUUAGCUGAGGACCAUAUCUGAGGUUAGCAGCCAUGCAGGAGCCGCCCCCACUUAGCCUCUUCCACACCCUGCCCUCCUGCCUCCAACACCAGUGGGCCCAGCUGCUCUUCCCCAACUCCCAGAAACUCAAAGCACUUCUCAGAUUUUUAAAAAAUAACGCAAAGGCACUUUCUCUCUCUCUCUCUCUCUCUCUCUGGUAUCAAUGAUGUGCCUAACCAUUGCCAAACUCCUUAGACUCCUCCAACCCUUUGCCUUACGGUGGCUUUUGACAUCACUUCCUGUUUGACCAUGUCUGUGAUCCUGCACAGCAGGAUAUAUUUGUAUAUAUUGCACUUUGGAACCUAGAAGGAUGCCUUACGUAGUAUUGUUUUAUUUGUUAUUCUUCUGCCUAACCACCUUUUUGUUUUUAUAACUGCUGGGGAGGCCCCUGGACUCUUGCACUGUAGCUAGGUCCCCGGCUGGCUGCUGCGCACUUGACUUUAUUGUAAACCCCUGGGCUCUGAGUAAGUCGUUUGAAUAUAGCCAUCAUGAUUGCAUCUUUCUAUUCUUAUCCUAAGAGAAAAGAAUAUUCUUAUCUGUCGCCUUCCAGUUGUGCCCUCGUAUCUGCCUCUCUAAUAAAUAUUAUUAUUUUUCUCAG